AUGGAGACCUACAACAGCGUUGCCGGCGAGUUGGGCUGGAUCGCCCGGCAAUUACGCUGCGACGUGGCCUACGAGAUUAACGGGGUGGUGCAGCGAAGCAAGGUUGGCACCUGCAUGGCCGACCUUGUUCGGCUGAAACAAUACGUUGGGAUGGCCCGGCGCGGGGCCGACUUCCGGAUGAGCGUGGACCUCAGCAACGGGGUCGUUGUGUCCACCUGGCGGACAGUGGCCACGCCAACGGCAGCCCCGACCACAACGACAUCAUGCGCUACAGAAGCGUCGGCCAGUCAUCUUGCUGAAGCCGUUGAAGCCGGGGACUGGUUGACAGUCCUGUUGGAGGACGCGCUCACCAACGAGGUGAACCUAAAGUCCUGGCCGGAGGUGAUCGAGCGCCGGGACAGCCACAGCACCAGCACGGACAAGCGGAUGGCGAUGGCGAUCGAAGGGGCGCUUCUUCGCGAGACGGUCAAAAGACCGCGGGCCCACGUGAGGUGGAUAGAUGGCAUUCAGAACAUAGCCGACGUCCUCAUCAAAGCCAAUGCAGACAAGGAGGUUCUUCGCCAGUACCUCAAGGACGGCAUCAUCUGCUUAAGCCAGACGGAGGCGAACUUUCAGCUGAAGGAGAAAAAGAGGUUUGAGAGACAACGACGCAAGGUUGUCAUCAAGGCCAAGACUGGAAACCAGAAGCAGGAUGAUCGCCGCGUCGCCGAGACCAAGCUAUACGAGACGCCGAGAA